AUUUGAGGAAGUUGUCGAACGUGUAUGGGAGCGUUUGGCAGCAGGGUAAAAGCAGAGUGUCGUUACUUACGCGCGAAAAGCUGAUUAGAAUUGCAGCUGGAGAGCUCGAGCACGUUUAUGAACUCUAGUCAAGGAAGGCUCGCGGCAGCUGUACGUUCACUUUAGCGGUGGGCGGGGCCAGAUGGAGGCGCAACCACGAGCUGGCAAGGAGCAGAGUGGAGCAAGAGGAGCACAGAGGAGCUACGUAGACGUGAGCAUCAUCAUGCCAGUCUACAAUGCCUCCCGCUGGCUGGACCAGUGUCUGCAGGGCAUUCACCAGCAGGACUUCUGUGGAUCCAUGGAGCUGUCCGUGUUUGAUGACGCCAGUACUGAUGACUCCCUGGCAGUUUUGGAGGCCUGGAGGGAGAGGCUGGAGGCGAGGGGCGUGGCUGUGGUGGUUUCAGGUCACAAAUCGGCACAGCCCAGAGGAGUGGGACACUCGAAGAACCAAGCUGUGGCUCAGAGCUCCGGUGAAUUCUUGUGCUUCCAAGAUUCGGAUGACAUCAUGCUGCCCCAAAGAGUUCGUCUGCAGUUUGAAUCCUCUCUUCUUCAUCCAAAGUCUCUGAUUGGCGGCAAAAUCUGCAGGCUGCCAGAGGGAUCCACGGAGCGUUACACUCGCUGGAUCAACUCGCUGACCCCCGAUCAGCUCCAGACUCAGGCCUUCACGUCUCACGGACCCACCGUUGUCAUGCCAACCUGGUUCUGCUCACGGGAACUGUUCCAGAAAGUCGGACCAUUCGACGAAGGAGGAAAGGGGGUCCCAGAAGACCUGCUCUUCUUCUAUCAGCACCUCCGUCAGGGAGGAAGUCUGGUCAGGGUCAACGAGUGUCUGCUGGUUUAUCGAUACCACGAGGAAGCCGCCACCCACUCUGUGACAGAGGAAACCAUGUGGAAGCUGCGCUUGGACUUCCUACAGGAGAGAGUUCUCAGCCAGUGGGAGCACUUCACCAUAUGGAGCGCUGGUAAACAGGGCCGCAAACUGUUCCGGAGUCUGAGCCCCUCGUCCCAGAAGAAAGUCAGAGCGUUCUGUGACGUGGACGUGAAAAAGAUCACGAGAGGCUUUUAUACAUAUGAGGAAUCCCAGGAAAUACCCAAACCCAGAAUCCCGGUUCUGGACUUCAGAGACGCUUGUGGACCCUUCAUUAUCUGCGUAAAGCUGGAUAUGACGGGGGGUGUGUUGGAGGAGAACCUCAGCUCUCUGCACUUAAAGGAGGGAAUUGAUUACUAUCACUUCAGCUGAAUGAUGAGGAAUUGGCAGAAGUGGACUCGCGCUAAUGAACAUUUCAGUUUGUACGUCAUGAAGUCAUUUCUUCACCUGAGAGCCGCUCGCAUAUCAUGACCUUUUGUGUGUGUGUGCAUGUGUUGAGGCCAUGUCAGUAACAGCUUUCCUUAUGAAAAUAUGUAUUAUGUUUUUAGAAGGAUUCUUAUUUUUAUAAUAAAAUACUACAAAAUCAGUUACUCUUUUAUAUAAUGUUAAAAAUAGUAAUUCCUCAUGAUUAGUUAGUUGGGUAACUAGUUGUUCCCAUCACUCAGUACCCCCGUCAUUGCUCUUCUAGGCCUCCUGAAAUUGAGCACUUGUACACUCACAUUAACAUCUCUUCCCCCUUACCUCCACGUCUGCAUGCACCACAAGCCUGGACACCUGUGUGGAGAAACCACGUGUUGGUCCCCUUUACUGGGCUCUUCACUUCCUCCAGACUCUCUGAGCUCACAGUGUGGCCACAAGUCAGACAAGUUUCUGUUUAACUUCAAUAAACAAAAAGGAACCAGGCCUUGAAGGAGGAAGUGGAAGUGGAGAAGCACCCUGAGGCCACCCAAAGAACAUGAAGGGUAAAAACCUCCCAGAGACUAUAGAGGGACAGGCUGGUGUAAAGGUCUGGAAGGGAAAGGUCUGGUUUAACGUGGUUGAGGAGCAGGAACAAGGCUUGAAAGUUAAAGCCAACGUUGUAAUAAGAUUAGUAACAAUGAAAUGCUUAGAUUUGGUGGGUAGUUGCUCUCUUACUUUGAGAUAAAAAUCUGGAACAAAUUCAGGUUUCAAUCUCAAAUGGUUUGCUUAGGAAGAUCCUUAGUCACCACUCCCCUUACGGGUGAAUAUGGUCUGUCUGCGGCCAAAAAAAGGGACAAACCUGUAUCAAGACCUCUUGUUAAGCCCCUUCACAGAAAAUGUUCAUGCACAUUCUUUGGAAAACCCAAAAGCAACACACAGGGGUAAGUAAGGGUUACGGAUUUUUCAUUUUUCAACCUCCAUCAAACCCUGCAGAAGGGGCCAGUUAGUGCCGUUCAAGUGAUAAACACGUUCACUGCGUCCUUCCAGCAGAUGUUAGGCCAUAGUAGAGGUAGAGCGGUCGACCUGUGAUCUGAAGAUUGUAGGUUCAGUUCUUGCUCAUGUGUCAAAGAGUCUUUGGGCAAGACACAGAACCCCACAUUCCUUCUGGUGGUUGGCGCCGGCGUUUGGCAGUGGAGCCACCAUCACUGUCUGAACAGAUGAAUGAGACUGUGCUUUCGUCCUUCUAAAAAGGUAUGCCCAUUUAUGAAAUGUUGAUCCCAUGUAGCAUUUGGGGGUUGGGCCCAGAUGGCUGCCAUUGGAAGAGACUCAACCACCAAGAACUAACCUACAAUACUGAACAAGCCUGGGUCCAUGUUGGGAUUUCUGCGAUGCAGCAGAGCAUGUUUUUCAUGUUUUCAUGAGAGGCACUUGUACUUGCUCUGGCUCAGUACCUCUCUGCAAUGGGAGACCCUACACCACCUGUGUCAAACGCCAAUCCUCGAAGGCCCCAUUCCUGCAUGUUUCCCAACAUACUCUGCUAAAUGGCUGGACUGGCGAACCAGGUAAUUCAUGAGUAGGGCUUGGAUAUCUGGAAAUCAUGCAGACACUGUGGCCCUUAAGGCCUGCAGUUUGACACCCCUGCCCUACGGGGAAAUUUGCCCUUAAAAACGUGCCCCUGGAAUUACUCCAUUUCCUAAAACUCCAACCCCAAUAAGUUGGCUGCACAUAUAGGGGUAUAUCUUAUCUCGCAGGUUAAAAAUAUUUUUCUUCUUUUUCAUCUUUGUUUGAGAUGAUUGAUGACAUGUGUUACUUUUUUGUCUGGUUUAAAG